ACGUGUGUGUACUCACCUUCAAGAUGCUGGCGCAGCCGGUAAGGCCCAGGGACUCCCAGAACGACACCACCGCCUGACUCUCGGCGUAUCUGCGCAAAUUUGCAAAAGAAGGAAAUAGACAAACAGUCGGCACUGAUCGUGUCUUACAUUACUUUAUCUCUUUCUUUCUUUUUUGCGUGCGUUUGGCUCUCGCUGACCCCCGCCCCCUCCCCCACCAAACCAUCUUACGUGAUGCUACAUCUGUGUGGCAAAUCCUAAGCGUCGAGCACGCCUGCGGUGGACGGCGUCGUUCAUCGUUUCAUCGGAGGAUAGACCACACGCGGUGGUACACGAGAACGCUCGACACUGUGACUCGGCCAUAGGGUCGUCGUGCCGGACUGACGUCAUCCUCACCGCUUCGCCAUCGGAGUGACCCAGUUUUUUUUUUUCUUUACCGUUGUUCAGUUUUGGCCGCUGUGCCGUUGUUAGAGCUCACACCAAGGAUUAUCGCGGAAUCGGACGAGGAUGUCUCAAUAGGAACGGUGCAACGCGGCCUCUCCGUCCAAUCAGGUGCGAACAUCUGCUCGACGCCGGCGAUAGCAGAGAACGGUCCUCCGUGAAAGACGCGACCGACGGCUGGCGCGAAAGGGUCGGCCAGUGGAAGGGGGUACUGGUUGCGGCACAUCCACGCAGCACGAGUUGAGGUUACUCCAAAGAAACACAGCAGCGGUGAACGUCCGUUGAAACGCUCAGAUUCGACGAACGAUAGAAAGCAGCUAAGAAAAAAGAGCUAAGCUGUCCGUGCAAGAUAAGAGACGCCCGUCACCUGCCUCAGCUACACCAGUUCUCCAGGAGCUACAAGGACCGCGACCACUUAGUGCACACAUGAACCUUGCGCGUCAUCGUCCCGCUGCUGCUGCACCCGGAGGCUCGGCGGCCGGGCACGGUGCCGCCGCCGCCACGUCCCCGCGAUGGUAGUGGUGCACGAGGUGGAGCUCCUGGACGAGCACCCCGUGGCCCGGCCGCCCUACCUGGCCCACCUGCAGAGCGGCGCGGCGCCACAACACCUGCACCACUCGCACCCGACCAGGCACCACCACGGAGGGUUCGCGCAGCAGCAGCAGCUCAAGCUAGGACCCCCCGUGGGCGGCGGCGGGGGCUCGUCGUCGCUGCCGCGGCACCACGGCCAGCCCCCGUCGGCGCCCUACCACGACCCCACCACCGAGGAGGACGACGACGAGGACGAGGAGGAUGACCUGCCCGAGUACGCGGAGGCCGGGCCGCCUACCGGUCCCCCUCCCGGCCUGGCCCUCAUCGACCGGCACCCGUACCUGUGCCCGGCCUCGGGCAGCGCCCACCGGCGCUCGCUGCCCACGGCGGCCGACGCCUGCGACACCUCGUCGUCGGUGCCCCUGGACAAGCGCGACGACCGGUUCACCGCGCUCAGCGCACUGUUCACCAUCGUGUCGCUGCUGGCCUACGCGGCCGACGUGGGCUCGGACGCGGCGGCCUGCUACUUCCUGUACCUGGAGGGCAACCUGUGGUGGUUCGGCCUCACCCUCGCCGUCACCGUGGUGCCUGCGGUGACGGUGAACGCGUUCAGCCUGCGAUGGUACAUGCACGACGACCGGGAGAGCCGCGCGUCGGCCAAGGAGCUGGCCGGCGCCGCGGGCGGCGCCGUCGCCACGCCCGUGCACCGGCCCCGCAUGGGGCCGCUCGGGUGGGCGUUCCGGGUGCUCUUCCACCUGGCCUUCCUGGGACCCGUGGUCAGGUACAUCGACCUCCUGGUCUAUGGUCUCAAGAGUCGCUCGCGAGACAAGCGGAGUCGCCAACGACAGCAGCAGUGGCACCUGACGCCCGUGCGCCUGGAACAGCCGCGCUCCCAGCAGGUGGACUACUACCUGCUCAUGAUCCACGAGGACCGGGACACGGCCCUGCUGGCGCUGCUCGAGAGCUUCAUGCAGUCGGCGCCGCAGCUCGUGCUGCAGCUGUACAUACUGUGCGACCGGUAUGGACUGCGGAUGCACGUGGACACCCUGACAGUGGCGGCCCAGCUGGGCUCGGUGGGCUCGUCGCUGUUCGAGCUGUGCUGGUCGCUGGCCAGCUACCACCGCGCCCUGCGCCGCUCGGUGCCGGACAAGCACAACAUGAGCCGCACCGGCUCGGCGCUGCAGUUCCUCUGGCGGCUGGGCACCGUGGCGUCGCGCGCCGGCGCGCUGGCCCUGUUCGCGUCCCAGUACCGGUACUGGCUGCUGCCGGCCUGCAUCGGCCACUGGGGCGUCAUGACCGUCUGGGUGAUGCACCAGGGCACGCGCUUCUGCGACAGCGACGCCGGCCGACCGAGGCCCUGCCGCGAGUACCUGUUCAACAUGCUCAUCGGCGCCAUCUACCUCUUCUGCUUCCUCAACGUCAAGGACGAGCCAACACGGUACAAGUACAGCGCCUACUACGUCAUCGCCUUCCUGGAGAACACGGCGCUCAUCGUGCUGUGGUACUUCCGCGCCGACCCGGUGCUCUGGUACCGGCUCCCGCUCCUCAUCGGCGUCAUCGGCAGCUUCGUCGUCGGCAUUUUCUUCAUGCUCGUCUACUACCGCUUCUUUCACCCCAACGGCCGACUGCCGCUGUACAACCCGAUCGCCCGAUGCUGCUGAUAGCCACUUUCCCAGGGAGUAAAAGAAAGAAAACAAGAUUUUCAGCACCAACGCAGGAAGAAACGGAACGUACGCCGCCUAAGAAAGUACACCGCCUUCUCAUUUUUUUUCCUUUAUAGUGACGUCGUGACUGACAAGCCGUUAUCAUCCUGAAAGACGCAGAACAUUUCUGCGUAAGUCUUGCUGUCUCUCCCUCUAGGGCUAAGACGGCGGUUUCUUAGGUAACGGCAGCUGGUCACGUGGUUCGUUCGACGUGCGCUAUUCCAAAGGGGAAAAAAAAGCUGACGAAUGCGGUGCAAGUCACUCGCAGAACAGGAUUUUUUUUUUUUUUCCAACCUGGGCUCACCGAGAAGACCCUGCGUCGACGUCCACAAUAACACCCGAUAUUUACAUUCGUUAUCCUGCCACCGCGUGUGGAAGGAUAACUCCGCCGGCGACUAUAACAUUGAGGCAAGAACGUUCGAAUCGCUGGCGAAACAAAUCCGAAUAGCCAGUAAGUCAGUGCGAGCCUUUCGACGAUCGCCUCCGCAAAGCAGUCGCCAGAGCAAGCCACGAGGAAACGGGGGAAAAAAAAAAACACCCAAAUUCGUGGGAGAAAAUGAAUGGCGCCGCAUUCCUGGCCGUCCUUACGGGCCUCUCCAACCGCGACGUGAUGGAUCAUCCGCUCGCGUCCAGAAAGACGAGAAGCCUUUUUUCCACAUCGCGUUUCUCCGGCGUUGGAAGGGGGGAGGAAAAACAUCGCAAGAACGUUGCAGGCGCGGGAUCUCGACAUAAAAGGUCACGACGUCCCAGCCAACCCGGCACUAAGAGACGGGACGGGCCGUUCGCCACAAGACAACUUGGGGGACAGCA